AUGUCGACAGUAGGGCGAUGGAUUCAUAUCGCCGUUACCAGCAAUGUCAAACAACUUGACUUAUCGUUUUGCCCUAAAAAUAAUAUAGAGGAUGUCGAGAUGCCCCAUUGUCUUGUGACUUCCGGAUCCUUGGACAUAUUAAAGUUGUAUUUGGGGGCACGUCGUCUAAGGUUGCCUAAUAUUACGGGGUUUCUAGCACAACCUUGUUCGAAAUGGGAGGAUACCGAGGGAAACUGCCCUUCGGGCUUGAGUUUGAUAUCAUGCUUCAUGAACAAACUUGAUCUUCUUUAUAUUUCAUGUCCGAAGCUAGAAUCGCUGAGAAUUGAAAAUAACAAGGAUGAGUACUCUUUGAAGGAAGCUUGGAUUCAGCCCAAAAUGGAGGGGAACACCAUAUCUGUUGUGGGAAUUUCUAGUGUCGAGUAUUUGUCUAUCAACUUCAACUUCUUCCUUGAGAGUUUGGGGCUAAUUACAACUAUGGAUGCCUUCACCAUGGAUAACUUCAACCAAAUUCUCAAAUAUUGUCCCAAACUGGAGUCUCUCAGGUUGAAUAUUGAUCAGGAUUUUCAUGGAAAAUAUGCGUAUUUGGAUGAUUAUGAAACAAGGAGAAUCUUGACUCCUGAUGUGAAAUGACUCGAGUUUUUUAAAUUCAAUGGAGAAGAGCCGAAACUAGAGUAUUGGUUGGAAGAUGCAUUAAAUAUGUUUUUCAGUUGGGGUGACAAAGCUAGGCUCUCUUAUUGGUGACUAUCAAAGUAACUGUCAAACUGAUGCAUGUGUUGGGGUGAUGACUACAUUCCAAGGUCUUGUGUGGAUGUUUUUUGGAUUUGAAUUUUUGUUUCAUGUUGCUCCAUUUUGAACUAUUACUAGAAAAUACUUGUUUGAUUCCACAGUUUUGUUCAUAUUAUGCUAUAAAAACUACAACACAACACCAC